AAGUUUCGCUGAAGUUUCACCAAACACAUCGCUUCAGAUCGACUCGAUUCAUAUUUUUCGAGACCUGCGCGAUUUGAGGCACCCAAUUGCAUCAACACGGGUCCAGUCGGGUCCGAUCAGGCACUGUCGCGAGAUGAGAUUCUCGGAUGCGCGGUGGUUUCGAUAUAGUUCAAUAUUUGUUCGUGUAGCGCUUUAUACAAACGCUUAGCCGGCGACCGCGGUCUCGUCAGUACGACGCGAUUGCACAUCCCGGACGAGAUCCUCUUCGUCUGUGCUUCUCGUCAUUUAUUUCAUCUUUUCAUCUUCGAAGGAGAAACGCGAGCGUGGAUCAACGCGGAUACGAAUCUCGUAAAUAUAUUCGCGCAUCGGGGAAUUCUUUUCCCAGCAGAAGUCGUAGCUGAAAUAAAAAACGGAGCAAUCCCUUUGAUUAGUUUGACUGUUUAGUAAAGUUUACUUACGAUCGUUGGAUAAAAUGCUUGGAGUAGAAAGGAAGAGGAACGCCUGAAUAUUUAUGACUGCAUUACUCUGUACGCGAAUGCUGUACGUUCUGGAGUUAUUUAUCGCGCCCCGUUUAUUUCGUAUCACGUCAAAAUUUCUUACCUUAAUGUAAUAUUGUGAUAAAAUCGUGUCUGUGAAUUAGUUGUUAUAGUAGAUACAAGGUAUUGUCUACGAUAUAUUUCUUGUUUCGUGACAAGUGAACGUGAACGUGUUGUCAAGAAGAACGAACGUGUUCCUCGUGCACGUUUCUGCCGCGUGUUUCUUUCUUCUGCGGACCAAAUGUCGCUCAUCUCCGUCAUCGAGCCAGUGGAUGACAGAGAGCCACCAGUCAGUCGAUUUGCUUCCAGAAGGAAGAGCGUUUUCGCGGAGACUUACAAUCCCGAGGAAGACGAAGAGGAUGACGGCUUCAAGAUGGUCCAUCCAAAGAGCGACGAGCAGCGACAAAGGCUCGGUGAAAGUGUUAAGAACAUACUCCUGUUUCGCUCUCUAGACGAGGAACAAAUGGCGGACGUACUGGACGCAAUGUUCGAAAAAAUCGUUCAACCGGAAGAAUUUAUUAUCCGGCAGGGCGACGAUGGUGACAACUUUUAUGUGAUCGAGAGAGGAAAGUUCGAGGUGUACGUCAAAGAUCCCGCCACAGCAAUAGAUAAUCAUAUUCACACUUAUGAUAAUCGUGGUGCUUUCGGAGAAUUGGCUCUUCUGUACAAUAUGCCUAGAGCAGCCACUGUCAAAGCUAUUACGUCUGGCACACUCUGGGCUAUGGAUAGGCAAACUUUUCGACGUAUUCUCCUUAAAUCCGCGUACAAAAAGCGUAAAAUGUAUGAGAAUCUUAUUAAUAAAGUGCCGAUGUUAAAGUCUCUGGAGCCUUACGAGCGAAUGAAUUUAGCGGAUGCCCUUGUACCGAAACAUUAUUCCGAUGGCGAGCAAAUAAUCAGGCAGGGUGACACCGCAGAUGGAAUGUAUUUCGUCGAGGAUGGCGUAGUCAGAAUCACUAGACUCGGCGAACACGAUCGUGAAAUUGAGAUUAAUCGUGUUCCGGCUGGCGGUUAUUUAGGCGAGCUGGCACUCGUGACGCAUAAACCACGCGCCGCUUCGGCCUACGCUGUGGGAGACAUCAAACUGGCAUUUUUGGACGUUGAAGCUUUCGAACGUUUACUUGGCCCAUGUAUGGAACUUAUGAAACGUAAUAUCGAUGAUUACGAAGAACAAUUAGUCAAAAUUUUUGGCAGCAAAACCAACAUCUCUGACAUUCGAUGAACUGUUUCUGGGCAGAGCCACGUCGCCAUAUUGCUGUACUAAAGGACGCGACACUUUCGUACAGCAUAUAAUAUAUAACAAGCACAAAAGAACUUGUACCACCUACUUCUGAAUCUCAUCCCGCAUGUUUCGGGUAUCAUUUCGAAAUCAACUAUUUCGUAUGACUGUUCACCUAGACGUAUACCGAUUAAGAUUCGUCGAUAAUAGUUACCAAGUUUAUACCUAUGACACACAUUGAACAAAGCUGUAGGCUGCUCGAUUAUAUGCGCGUGUUUAAUGUAGCAACGGAAUUAAUGACUAUUCUCUAAGAUUGUAUUAGAUCAAAAAGAGAGUAUUAGUGCAUUCUGUUACGCUCGAUUGUUUGCGAAAUAAAUAUUUUUAUUUAUUAUUGCCCAGUGAAAGACCGCAAUAUAACAUUUUGAGGUCUAGGACAUACAAGCAUUAUUAUAGUAUUUAACUUAUCCCCGGAAUGACUCAUUUAUCUUAGUGUACUCAAUCUAUAUGCUCACAUACAUAAUUCGUGCAUUAUCCAUUUUUAAACAGAGCGGCUACAUUUAUAAGACAUAGAAGUCUAAAAUAUUCGAAAUCGAAUGCUCUUCUAACAUUACUCUCUGGCAAAAAAAAUAGAUUACAAAAGAAAUGAACCAUUAGUAUUUGAAUAUUGACAUAAAUCUUUUGCAAGGUUUCUAUGAAAUACCUAUAUAUAUGCAUAUCACUCUUGGAGAAGAUAAUGAAAGUAACAUUGCCAUUUUUAAUGAAAGCAAACAGAAUUGUACAAUAUUCUUUGAUACAUCCAUUUAACAAUGUAAUAUCUUGAUAAAAUAUCAAAUCAGACAAUCAAGAUUUUGUCUAUGAUUCGCGACAAGUAGUAAAUAUGUAUUUCGCGAAUAAAUAUGCACAUAUACAUACACAAAUAUGCAUUAU